AUGAGCCCGACAAGCAUUCCAGAUGCCGCUGUCACAGAUGCCUCAACCACCUGGGUGCCCGAGAAGCAGCCAGGUGCCGUCGCAGCAGCACUCUGUGUCGCUUUCGCACUCCUAGUUGGCCUCGUACUCUACCUCUUCGGAUGGAAGAAGAUCAGGAAGUUGAGGCAUCCUCCGCCGCCUCCGCCGCCUCCUUCUCUGCAUCUUAUAACAGCGGGCAAUCACCGCAGUCGACAUGAAUCCCCUGAUGCCUCGACUUUGAGCCCCUAUAGCUUGCCCCGGCUACCGAGAAAAGCCCGUAUGGCAAAGCUGACUCGGGGAAAGCUCGAGUCGUUGGCAAAGGUCGCUGAGGCCAAGACGUGUCCUGUUUGCCUGGAUGACUUUGUCGCUGGAAGUGUUGUCGGCCAGUUGCCGUGCGGCCAUGUCUUCUGUUCGGCCUGCAUCGAGCUUUGGCUCCUCAAGCACUCUUACACAUGUCCCUUGUGCCGCUUCAAUCUUGAAGCAGGCGAAGUGCACGCCAAACCACGAGAAAGGGGCGUGCAGUGA